GAAAUUCUCUCUCUUGUCUAAGGAUAAAAAAGCUGCCUCAAAGAUACCAAAGUGGCUGUCACCCAGCGGCCCCUCUGGGAUCAAGGAUUUUAACUGACCCAACUAAAGUUUUUGAGCAUAACAUGUGAUAUUGGACCCUCUUUAAUCUUAUAAAGGACAAUGGGAGAAAGUCUUGAAAUCUUCUGGAGCUACUUCCUGCUGGCCAUAGCUGCGAUCCUACCUACUCUUGGACCCAGGGAUCCCUAGCAGAGUGGGGGUGUGGAGCAGAAAGUGGCCUUCACAUGUAGGGAAGGACCCUGCAGUGUGCAGAGAGACAGGAAGAGAGAGAGAAAGGGAGAGAAAGAAAUACCAGUUCGAGAGAGAAGCAUCGAUUGUUUGCCUCCUGUACGAGCUUGGACCUGGAUCAUGCAUGCCCAGACUGGGGACUGUAUGCACCCCAGACCUGGGAUCAAACCUGCAGUCUAGGGAUCAUAUGCAAUGGUCAAAAGAAGAAGAAGCAGCGGCCAGAAAAAAAGUAGAGGAAAACUCGGCUGUGCGAGUCCUUCAGGAAGAGCAAGUUAAGUAUGAGAGUGAAGCUAAUAAAUAUUGGGAUACAUUUUACAAGAUUCAUAAGAAUAAGUUUUUCAAGGAUCGAAAUUGGCUGUUGAGAGAAUUUCCUGAAAUUCUUCCAGUUGCUCAACAAACUGAAGAGAAGACAAAAGAAUUGUCAUGGGACCGUGUAAAAACUGAUGCUGCAAAUUGUUUCUCGAGAAAGCACUGUUCUACUGUGCCUGAAGAAAGAAAUUAUAAGGAAAGUUCUAGCUUGUCAGAUGGUCAAAGUGAGGCGGAAUCUGAUUUUUCCAACCUCGGCCCUGAAGCACACAGAAAAGGAACCCUGGAGACUGAGUCGUUUCCUGGUAGCAGAGCCACAUUCCGGAUCCUGGAGGUUGGCUGUGGUGCUGGAAAUAGCGUUUUUCCAAUUCUGAACACUUUGCAGAAUGCUCCAGAGUCUUUUCUUUACUGUUGUGAUUUUGCUUCUGGAGCUGUGGAGCUGGUAAAGUCACACCCAUCCUACAGAGCAGCCCAGUGUUGCGCCUUCGUGCGCGACGUUUGUGAUGACCGCGUGCCCUACCCCUUCCCGGACGGGACCCUGGACGUCGUCCUCCUCGUCUUCGUGCUCUCUUCUGUCCACCCCGACAGGAUGCAAGGUGUUGUAAACCAAUUGUCCAAGCUGCUGAAACCUGGUGGAAUGCUGCUAUUUCGGGACUAUGGGAGAUAUGAUAAGACUCAGCUGCGUUUCAAAAAGGGGCAUUGUUUAGCUGAAAAUUUUUAUGUUCGAGGAGAUGGUACCAGAGCCUAUUUCUUUACAAAAGGGGAAGUCCACAAUAUGUUCUGCAAGGCUGGGUUAGAUGAGAAGCAAAAUCUGGUUGAUCGUCGCUUACAAGUUAAUAGGAAAAAACAAGUGAAAAUGCACCGAGUGUGGGUUCAAGGCAAAUUCCAGAAACCAUUACACUUGACUCAAAAAAGCUCCCAGUUGGUAUUUUCAUACCAUUCUCAUAGCUGAGCUAUGUACCAUGUUAAGGUACAAACCAGAAGACUACAUGAUUCAAAGACUUCCAUAAAUUUUUCAUUUUUGAAAAGACAAUCAGAAGAAGAAAAUGCAUAUACUCUGCUGUUUAUCGUGGGUGAACUUUUGUAUAUUCUAACCAUAUGUAAGUGAUUUGGAAGAGUACACCAUAUUCUGUGUUUUCAAAACUUAAUAUGAUCAAGCUUGUUUGGGUUUAUGAUGUCUAACUAUUUUGUUUGUUUGAAUUUUGUAAGCAUUCAAUUAAAUUACUGUUAUAAGUCAGAUGAUUCUGAGAAA